UUCAGUGGGAUGGCGCGGGAAGUUGUCACGGUGUUGCUUUCCGUUCACACAGAGUUGUGUUUACAUUUUCCUCGCGCGCUGCCGACUCUCUGGUAAGUUACCGUCACUUAGACGCAUUUGGGUUGCGUUACACUUCCGUUGACCAACGUCACGUGACGGGUGGAACUCAACCCGCUGAGUGACGUGAGUUCGCGUUGAGCUCGCUGCUGUCACACGGGCUGUCCCGUCUCCCCGGAGUUCCCAUGGAGGUGAAGUUCAUCGGGGACGCGGAUGCUCUGGAGCACAUCGUGGACAAACAGGAGGAUGUGCAGAGCCACAGCGGGGCUGUCCAGAAGAUGGUGACGUUCAAGGGCUCAGCCGGGAGACGAGCCCCAGAGGACGCAGAGCGCGACGGGGACGAGACCGGAGUCCUCGACCAGCAGACCUACGUCCACGCGCUGGGAGCAGACCACGCGGAGGAAGAUGACGAGGGUAUGUACCGAGUGGCGGGGUCCUCCUUGUUCACCUUUCAGAAGGCCAAGCGUGGACACAGCAUGGCCCAGACCGCAAGUGAUUUGGCUCGGACUCCUGGGAAAAGCGUGACCUUCGGCGAGACCCCCAACGGUGAACCCUCGACUCCCACCCGAACCGGGCGCAACCACAGAGGAGGAAGCAGGACGCCACAGAAGAGCAAGAAGGUUCAGUUUGUCUCCACGACACCCCACAGGCUCCGGAAGAGGAUGACGACUCCCAGCAUUCGGUCAGACACCGAUAGUGAGCUGUCGUCCUCCGACUCUGGAGGAGAGGAGGAGGAGGAUGAGGAGGACGACGAUGUGAUGGAGGAGCAGGAGGAAACGGAAGUAAAGAAAGAGAGCAAGGAGAGCUUGAAGACUCUAAGAACGCCCAGUAACGGUUCGUCUGCAGCACUCUACAAGACUCCUGCCAAGAAGAGCAAGAAAACCGCCACUAAUCAGCCCAGUAUGGUGGAGGAGUAUUUUGAAGCCCACGGCAGUUCAAAGGUCUUGACAUCGGACCGCACCCUGGAGCGUUUACACAUCCCUAAACUUGACCGGGAGACUUUGGUCCAACUUUUGGAGGGAAAACCGUCCUGCUGCUCGGAGGAGAUCCAGCAGCUGCACAGCAAACACCGGCAGCACUUCAGCAAAUGGAUGUUACAGUUACAGUUGGGGUUCGGUGUGCUGGUCUACGGUCUGGGCAGCAAGAAGUCUCUGCUGGAGGACUUCCGGGUGUCUCACUUGGCAGAGGAAAUCCACCUCGUGGUCAACGGAUUCUUCCCCUCCAUCACUCUGAAAUCAAUUUUAAAUGCUCUGACGUGCGAGGUUCUCGAGCAUCAGGGGAGUUUCCGGACGCCCUCGGACCAGAUCCAGUACGUGGCUCAGACCCUUAAAGACAGCCCAGAUCUCCAUGUGUACAUGCUGAUCCAUAAUAUAGACGGCCCAAUGCUGCGAGGAGAGAAGACCCAGAGUGCACUGGGGCAGCUGGCAUCGCUGCCCAACCUGCACAUGGUGGCGUCUUUAGACCACAUCAACGCUCCGAUGGUGUGGGACCAGUUCAAGCAGAGCCAGUUCAACUGGCUGUGGUGGGAGUGCGUGACCUUCCAGCACUACACGGAGGAAACGUCGUACGAGAACUCGCUCCUGGUGCAGCAGACCGGCGCUCUCGCUCUGUCCUCCCUGACCCACGUGCUGCGCAGCUUGACCCCCAAUGCAAGAGGAAUCUUCAAACUGUUGGUGAACUUCCAGCUGGAGAACAAAGAUAACCCUUCAUACACAGGAUUGUCCUUCCAAGAUUUCUACCAGCGUUGUCGAGAGGCGUUCUUGGUGAACUCUGACCUCACGCUGAGGACUCAGCUGACCGAGUUCAGAGACCACAAACUGAUACGCACACGCAAGGGUGCAGACGGCGUGGAGUGCUUGGUCGUUGCUGUGGACGCGAGCACGUUGAUGGACUUCCUGGAGAACGAAGAGGGCGACUGAGAAGAAAAGACCGACCUGUAAUGGUUGAAUCGGUCACUGAUGUGUAUAAAAGGCCCGGUUACAUCAAAUCAACUGAAGACGUGAGCCCAGAAUGAAUGAAUGCUUUCUAAUUAUUGGUAAUUAAGUGUUUUCACUUCCCCCGUCUUAGCUCUGUGACAUUGCUCUUGUGUUUUGCUGUGUAUAUUUUUAAAGCCAACAACUGUAAUUAAAAACAACACUUGAGUAAAUGA